AUGAUUAUCUACAAGGCACGUCGUUACCCCGCCUCCAUUGGCGCACAUCCGCAUUGCGACCAAUGUUUCUCCCAGGACAUUAUCACCGGUGAUGAGAUUAUGUCUGACACGUACAAGCUCGUCGACGUGCCUGGCGGUGUGCUCUGGGAGGUCGACUGCAAGAAGUACCCAAAGAAGAAGGAGAAUUUCGAGCUCGCCGGUGCCAAUCCUUCCGCCGAAGACGGCGGCGACGACUUCGGCGAUGAUGACGGUGCUCCGGGUGUGAUGGUCCACGAUAUCGAAGAAGCCUUCCAGCUCCAAUGGCUGAAGGUGGACGAGAACGGAACUGACAUGAGACCAUCCAAGGAUGCUUUCAAGGCCCAUCUCAAAAGUUAUGUCCGCAAGGUCAAUGAUAAGUUGAAGGAGAAGAACACCAGUCCUGAGGAGCUCAAGGAAUUCCAGAGCGGCGCUCAGGCUGCUGUCAAGAAGAUCUUGGCUAACUAUGACAACUAUGAUGUGUUCAUGGGCUCCUCGAUGGACCCCAAUGGAAUGCAUGUUCUGAUUGAUUUCCGUGACGACGGCAUUACCCCGUAUGCUACGAUCUGGAAGCACGGUUUGGAGGGAAUGAAGGUGUAG